AUGUUAAUUUUACUCGCUCCAAACCAAACCAAAAAACUACUGAAUGAAAUGCCAAAAGAAGUCUUCUUCGUGUGCUUAGCUUUGCUGCUAAGCUGUGUGGCGUGCCAAUCAUCAACCACGCAAAAGUUUGUAACUGCAUUUGCAGAAGCUGUAUCUUCAACAAUUAAUGAAACGAAGGAAUGUUUUGAAGACAAAUCUGUUAAAAUCAGAACUUUUUCGAGCCUUAACGAAUAUCAGAGUAAUCAUGCUAGUUUUGAUCCUCGCCAUUCCACUUAUCAAGGAAAUAUUGUCAACUUCAGUUCCGGCACCAUCGAAAGUCUUCCGAAAAAUAGUUUUAUCAGUUUUGGUUCUAACAGCAUUAUGAAGAUCGAUCUGCAUGAUAAAGCAAUUAGUGAGAUAGAACCUGGAGCAUUUUUAGAAUUAUUUUGUCUCCAGGAACUUAAUUUAAGUCAUAAUAACUUAACAAAUUUGUCAGAAGGGAGCUUCGAAGGAUUGAGGAGUCUGGUCCAGUUAGAUCUUAGCUUUAACAAUUUACAGGACAUUCCGGACAACGGCUUGACUUUUAUGGAAUUAAAGACUCUUAGAGUACUAGAUUUAUCGCAUAACGAAAUCCACUCUUUAAAUCAUCUCUCGUUUAUGACUUUAGAUGCCUUGGAGAUACUCAGAUUGGGUCAUAAUAAGAUUAAAACUGUAGAUCCAAGAGUGUUUAACUACCUGGGAGCUUUAAAACAGCUGUACUUAAACGAUAAUGCUCUAGUUGAAACGUCAGCUGAACAAUGGAAGGGUCUUACCAAUCUGACCGAUUUAGAUUUAUCCAACAAUUAUUUGUCAUCCUUUGACAUGACAGGCAAUUACAGUUUUGUUCAUUUAAGAAAUUUAAAUUUGAGUGGCAACACGUUGCAAUAUAUCAACAUCUUUGGAAUUAAACAGACAUUUCCCAAUUUAUUUAGUUUAGAUCUUAGUAACAACAACUGGUUUUGUCAAGAUCUGGAUGUUUUAAAACACGGUCUACACGAUUCCAAAAUUACUUUACCUACCCCUGUGGAAUGUACAACGGAUAGUAGUACUUCUGCGACGAGUAUCCCUGUCAAAAUUCCCAAAGUAGAACCUGUACCAAACAGUCAAAAUAAUGAAAUAGAAAAGGGGUAUGAAAAACAUAUUCUCGAUCAAAAUAAAAUGAUCAUGGAUUCAAAUGCAAAGAUCGCUGAUGCAGUUCAAGAAUUGAAGAGUAUUGUUAUAUUCCUGUUUAUUGUUAUUAUUUUGUGUGUUGUGGUAGAAGCUGGUGUCCGAUUGGGUAUUUGUAGAAGUUGGUACUACAGCCUUAUGGGCAGAGGUGGUAGAGGUUAUUUGGAUGCUAAUGAUUCGGAAAGUGUAGGAUUAAUACCUCGUUGAUCGAGGUUUAAUAAAUAGUUUUAAUUUAUUCAAUGUGGUCAAUGUUUCUUAACUUGUGAUAUGCUAUAUGAAUUUUUGUCGAAGCGUGGCGUCCAUAUAAAUUGUUGGGGCUAUAUUGGAAAUUACCCUAUAGUCCAGACGAGAUCUGUAAGGUGAAUUGUAAGGAGUAGUACUUCCGGUUUUUAAAAAAAUGUCUGCAAGGUUGUUGAUAACUAGAAUUUGAAUUUGCUCCAGCUAAAAAGUUGACGAAAAUUCAAAAAAAGGUUAAGAAACUUUUGCGUAAGAAAUUUUUGACAGAAAAUUUAAUUUUUAACAAUUUUAACUGCACCCAUUUUUGUCGCAGAUAUGAUGCUUCCCAGGGGAUUGAGUUUGUUAUUAAAGAUUUUUAUUAAUAAAGGUUUGAAAAAUAUUUUCCGUUUUCUAUCUCCUUUUCACCUGAAGCAUAUUCAAAUUGCAAUUAUAAACAUCUCUACGGAGAUCUAUAAAAAUCUAAUCUGACUCAAUAUACCCAUCUUAGCUAUUUUUGUAGAAAUCCCGCCUGGACUACUACCCUAUCUGUUACCAAUAUGCUUUUAUAAUCAUCUACUAGUCAAUCACAUGAUUGA